UGAUGGAAAAAAUCAGUGCUUACACAGUGACAGGGACCAGCUUCCAUAUUUUGCUGUCUUAUCGCUAUCUUACCCACACACACUUCGCUAUCUGUCAAAACAUACGUCCGGGAUUCCCCACUCUCCAAUCAAUGUCCAAAAUAGCAGUUUUUCGGAAUUGCCUUCCACUUGUUUGAUAUAAUGCUCAGAAGACUUCAAGAAUUCAUACAUAAAAUUUGAUCAUCUUCAAAAAAUUUCCGAACUCUGCAUGCGGGUAUGGAAUCUAAUGGAAGACCAGAAGCUUCUGAAAUUCUACGUCAAAUCGAGUCUCUGCGAUCCUCAAAGGACGAAAUAGAGCGGCAGAUAUCAGAUCUGGAAGCUCAGCUCCAACAACUUAAUUGUGACGAGAAUAAUUGCAGAAAAGCAGAAGAGGAUGAGGUGAAUUCAAAUGGUUCGAGUUCGUGUUUAAUUUUGCCGUCGGAGAACGGUAGUUUUGACUCUGGACAUGGAUUGGCUUCGGAUAUGAUUUACAGAUACAGCCGACAACUCUUGCUCCCUGCAUUUGGAGUCCAAGGGCAGGCAAAUCUCUUGAAAUCAUCAGUGUUAGUUAUUGGAGCUGGAGGACUUGGUUCACCUGCGCUGUUAUAUCUUGCGGCUUGUGGUUUUGGUCGUAUAGGUAUUGUUGACCAUGAUGUGGUUGAACUUAACAAUCUCCAUAGGCAGAUUAUUCAUACUGAAGCUUAUAUUGGAAGGCCGAAGGUGGAGUCUGCUGCUGCUGCUUGUCGUGCGAUUAAUUCAACUGUUGAAAUUGUGGAGCACAAAGAAGCAUUUCGUGCGACAAAUGCAUUAGGGAUUGUGAGAAAAUAUGACAUAGUCGUAGAUGCAACAGAUAAUGUUCCAAGCCGUUACCUGAUCAAUGAUUGCUGUGUUGUUUUGGGAAAGCCUCUUGUAUCUGGAGCUGCACUUGGACUUGAAGGGCAGCUAACGGUAUACAACUAUAAUGGUGGGCCAUGUUACAGAUGCUUAUUUCCAACUCCACCACCUACAGCAGCAUGUCAAAGAUGUGCUGAUAGUGGAGUUCUAGGUGUAGUGCCUGGUAUUAUUGGGUGUCUUCAAGCCUUGGAGGCUAUAAAGAUUGGAAGUGCUGUUGGUGAUCCAUUCUCGGGACGGAUGCUUCUGUUUGAUGCAAUUUCAGGCCGGAUUCGUAUAGUGAAGAUUAGAGGAAGGUCAUUGCAAUGUGAAGCUUGUGGUGAAAAUGCACCUCUGUCUGAAAAGCAGUUUCAAGAGUUUGACUAUGAACGCUUUACUCAGACUCCCUUCUCAACGGCUCCUCUGAAGUUGAGCCUGCUUCCAGUGGAUGCCAGAAUUAGCAGCAAGGAGUACCAUGAGAGAGUUGUUAAAGGAGAACCACAUGUGCUGGUAGAUGUAAGACCUGCUCAUCACUAUAAGAUUGUUUCACUUCCCAACUCCAUCAACAUACCCUUCCUGAGUCUGGAAGCAAGAUUGCAUGAAAUAUCUUCAGCGUUGAUGAAAAAAGAUGAGAGCAAGAAUAGCGCUGAUUUGAAUGCAUCCCUGUAUGUUGUUUGUAGAAGAGGUAAUGAGUCACAACGAGCUGUUCAAUACCUCCACAAAAUGGGAUUUUCAUCUGCCAAGGACAUAAUAGGUGGCAUUCAAUCAUGGGCCCAUGAUGUGGAUCCAAAAUUUCCUACUUACUGAAAUAUCUUGGCAUGGUGCGGAAUUUUUGGGACGUAUAUGGUAUUGUCUCAAGUGUGUAAUACACUUGCUCUGUUUGGAUUGUAAAAUAUAUAUCCAUAUUUUUACUGUAGCACUUUUUAUGAUGUGAUGUAUGUG